CCUUUAACAACUAUAAUAAGAUGGCGAUAAACAUUCGCUGUGCGAAUACCAACGAUUUGCUGAACAUUCAGCAUUGCAAUCUCCAAUGUCUGCCGGAAAAUUACCAGAUGAAGUACUACCUCUAUCACGCGUUGUCGUGGCCACAGUUGAGUUACGUAGCUGAGGAUGAAAAAGGCAGAAUUGUUGGCUACGUCCUAGCCAAGAUGGAGGAGGACUGCGAGGACAAUCCUCACGGUCACAUCACGAGUUUAGCUGUCAAGAGAUCCCAUCGACGUUUAGGAAUUGCCCAAAAGCUCAUGAAUCAGGCCUCCAGGGCUAUGGUCGAGUGCUUCGAUGCUAAUUACGUAUCUCUCCAUGUACGGCGUAGUAAUAGAGCCGCGUUGAACCUCUACACGAGUAGUUUGGGCUUCGAAGUGUCUGAAGUCGAACCGAAAUACUACGCUGACGGUGAGGAUGCUUAUGCCAUGAAAAGGGAUCUCAGCAGCUUUCAUAUCGAGAAGCAGGACAGGAUCAGGGACGACACUGUUAAGCAGAUCAAAGACUCAGCAGCUAAGAAUUCUUCGGCUACUCAGCAACACACACAUACUGGACGAUGCUGCGAUCAUUCUUAAGGGGUCCUAGUGCAUUUGAGGAGUUUCAUACAAGCAAAGUCAUUCUGUACAUGGAUUAAUGAAUUUUUAUGUUAAACUAAGAUGCUUGGAUCGUAAUAAACAUCUUGUGGGAUUAUA